UCGCCGAUAACCGAUAGAUCAAUACUAGAGUGAAAUCAAAAAAGCAAGAGAAUUUUCAUAAGAGCUGGUGAAACAAAUCCAACGAACGAUUUGACCGUUACCGAAGCAGAAGAAGAAGAGCAGUAACCGCGACCAUGUCCAACUUGAGGAAAUUCAAAGACGAGGAGCGCGAGUCGGAGUAUGGCCGUGUCUACGCGGUAUCCGGACCAGUGGUCACCGCGGAGGCCAUGUCUGGAUCCGCUAUGUACGAGCUGGUGCGCGUGGGCUACUACGAGCUGGUGGGCGAGAUCAUCCGUCUGGAGGGCGACAUGGCCACCAUCCAGGUGUACGAGGAGACCUCAGGCGUAACCGUGGGUGACCCUGUUCUGCGUACUGGAAAGCCCCUAUCCGUGGAACUGGGACCCGGUAUCAUGGGCAGCAUCUUUGACGGCAUCCAACGUCCUUUGAGGGACAUCGGUGUGAUGACCAACUCCAUCUAUAUACCCAAAGGUGUCAACACAACUGCUUUGUCGCGCUCGGAGAUGUGGGAAUUUAAUCCGCUGAAUGUGCGGGUGGGAUCCCACAUCACCGGAGGAGAUCUGUAUGGAGUUGUCCACGAGAACACGCUGGUGAAGCAGCGCAUGAUUGUGGCACCCAGGGCUAAGGGAACCGUUCGAUACAUUGCCCCCGCGGGCAACUACAAUCUGGAGGACAUUGUCCUGGAGACGGAGUUCGACGGCGAAAUAACCAAGCACACCAUGUUGCAGGUCUGGCCGGUGCGGCAGCCACGUCCCGUCACAGAGAAGCUGCCAGCCAACCAUCCGCUUUUCACGGGCCAACGCGUGCUCGACUCGCUCUUCCCCUGCGUCCAGGGCGGCACCACUGCCAUCCCCGGAGCCUUUGGAUGCGGCAAGACUGUCAUUUCGCAGGCUCUAUCCAAGUACUCCAACUCUGAUGUUAUUAUUUACGUCGGUUGUGGCGAGCGUGGUAACGAAAUGUCUGAGGUACUUCGUGACUUCCCCGAACUGACCUGCGAGAUCGAUGGUGUCACCGAGUCCAUCAUGAAGCGUACUGCCCUGGUAGCCAACACCUCCAACAUGCCUGUGGCAGCUCGAGAGGCCUCCAUCUACACUGGUAUAACUCUGUCCGAGUACUUCCGUGAUAUGGGCUACAACGUAGCCAUGAUGGCCGAUUCCACCUCCCGUUGGGCCGAGGCUCUUCGUGAGAUUUCGGGUCGUCUGGCUGAGAUGCCUGCCGAUUCCGGCUAUCCGGCUUAUCUGGGAGCUCGUCUGGCCACAUUCUACGAACGUGCUGGACGCGUCAAGUGCUUGGGUAACCCUGAGCGCGAGGGAUCCGUGUCCAUUGUCGGAGCUGUGUCUCCUCCUGGUGGUGACUUCUCCGAUCCCGUGACAUCCGCCACUCUGGGUAUCGUACAGGUGUUCUGGGGUCUCGACAAGAAACUGGCCCAACGCAAGCACUUCCCCUCGAUCAACUGGCUCAUCUCCUACUCGAAGUACAUGCGUGCUUUGGAUGAAUACUAUGACAAGAACUACCCCGAAUUCGUGCCACUCCGCACCAAGGUUAAGGAGAUCCUGCAGGAGGAGGAGGAUCUGUCUGAGAUCGUGCAGCUGGUGGGCAAGGCAUCGCUGGCCGAGACCGACAAGGUGACCCUGGAAGUGGCCAAGCUGCUGAAGGACGACUUUCUGCAACAGAACUCCUACUCACCAUACGAUCGCGUUUGUCCCUUCUACAAGACUGUGGGCAUGCUGAGAAACAUCAUGGCCUUCUAUGAGACCGCCCGGCAUGCCGUUGAGUCCACAGCCCAGUCGGACAACAAAAUUACAUGGAACACCAUCAGGGAAUCGAUGGGCGGCAUUAUGUAUCAGCUGUCGUCGAUGAAGUUCAAGGACCCUGUGAAAGAUGGCGAGCAAAAGAUCAAGGCGGACUACGAUCAGCUGUACGAGGAUCUGCAGCAGGCCUUCCGAAAUCUGGAGGACUAAGCGGGUAGGGCCUUAAACAACUACGGGCUUUCCUAGAAAGAGGAAUGGAAAAAGAAGCAAACCAAACGAAAUAAGAAACCAAAGCUAGGUUAUUUUUCGAAUUCCCCAUUCAAUCUAGUCAUAUUUACAUAAUGCAUAAUAAGAUAUUUGAAUCCAAGUUUACUUAUAAGUUUAACAACAGUUUGGCCCGCUUCAGGUCUAGUCAGGUCAGAAUCGAAUCAUCAGAAGAUACGCAAAACAAAAAACAACACGAUGACAGCGAGUUAGGAAAGACGAACAAUAAUUAGUCGGUAGCGCAAAUGGAACGCAGUUAAACCAGCCAUAUACAUAAAUACCAUACAUAUACGACACAUAUGUAUAAUUAUCUAUGUUGAUAUAUAAAUAUAAUUCACAGCUAUGUAUUGUUAGUAAAUUUUCAUAUAGUUAUCGAUUGUGUUCGUUACCCUAUUAUGUGAAACUAAACCAACUAAACGAGUCUAAA